GUUCUGGCCCGUUUGGACCCAAACUAAAGAGUUUAUUCGGUUCUGUGUAACCGAACCCGUUCUGUUCUGUAUUGUGUGUAUGUGUGUAGUUAACGGUGUUAACACCUGUGUUUCAGGUGUAUCAGUAUGAAGCAGGCGGUGACGGCGCACUGAUUCACUCUCGGAGCUCCGUUUACUAAUGACCGAAUCACCGUGGAACCGACUAAAGAUAACUCACACCCGCACGGAGAAGAAGAACAAGAGGAGGAGAAGAUGAGCUGGAGUGGGGCAAAGAGAACUGCAUUCAGAUCAAAUGGAUACGAGAGGUGGCCGAGUUGUUUGAGGAUCUGAAGAAUUGAGUGUCACAAUUCAACAUGCACAUCAGCGAAACUUCUUGCUCCGACUACACCAGCACGCACACACAGAAAUUCAUAGUGCAGGUGGCGAUUGCAGGCGCAUUUUAUCCGAACUGCUUCCUCCAGGGAACUGUGGACGAGGAGCUCGCCUCCAAGGAGCUCUAUGAAAACAACCCCAGGACCACCGUAGUGGUGUGUAAUCUCCCUCCAUUUGCAUUCCUCUACCAUAAACAGCUCCAGUCUCUCUUCAGACACUGUGGUCAAGUCAAAUCCAUCUCCUUUGACAGCUCCAGAGGUCUCUCUGUCUCUCCUCCUCGCACAGCAGAGACUUCCUCUCCAUCUCAACGUUUAACCUGCUGGAGAGGUGGAGACUUGGGCAGGGGGGUAGUGUAUCUCACACCUCAGAUAUACACGGUUGAAUGUGGAUAUUCAGAAUCAGUCAGUGAGCCCUGUCAGGGUUCUGAGCAGCUCCAUUGAGCUGGAGAAUCUUCCGUCUAACCCUGUCUUUAUCGUCGGUAUCACCGAGGUGUCUGUUCCGCCUCUUUCACUUUCAGUGCACAAAUAAAAAAAAGCAGUGGCUCCUGUGUGUGUGUGUGUGUGUGUGUGUGUGUGUGUGUGUGUAUGUGUGUAGGUCUGUAGGUCAUGGAAGUGGGGUUUCCAGGCUCACGAGGCAAGUCUGGAGAAACAGAGGUGGCUGACAGUGGCCGUUAAUACACGGGCGCUCUGCCCACUUCCUGUCUCACUUUAUCCAAAUCUUCUGUGUCUCGCCCCUUUCUCUGAAACUCACACCAAGCCUGGGAACUACUACAGAGCCAAAAUACUGCAUGUCAUGGGGAGUAAUGUGGAGGUAA